CCCCUACCGCCACCUCUCCGGGCGUGCUGAGCCCCUUCGACCGGCAGCUGAAGCGGAAACAGAAGAACUGGGCGGCGGUGCAGGCGCAGCAGGCGCAGUGCGAGUACCUGCGGGAGGAGGACCUUCCCUCUUGCUUUGGAUGUGGGCUCUGGGAGAGGUUACAUCGCUCAGCAUUUAACCAAGGAAAUAGUCGAAAAACUUAUUCAAGUUGAUAUGGCAGAGAAUGUUUUUAAAAACGCUGUAGAAUCUGAAGUACCUACAAUCAACAUUGUAGCUGAUGAGGAAUUCCUUCCUUUCAAAGAAGAUACAUUUGAUCUUGUUGUUAGCAGCUUGAGUUUACACUGGGUGAAUGACCUUCCUAAAGCUUUUAGAGAGAUUCACCAAGUUCUUAAGCCAGAUGGAGUAUUUAUUGGUUCGAUGUUUGGGGGAGACACUCUGUAUGAGCUUCGCUGCUCUUUGCAGCUAGCAGAAUUAGAGAGAGAAGGAGGUUUUUCUCCUCAUGUAUCACCGUUCACUGCUGUAUCGGACUUGGGACAUCUCCUGUCAAGAACUGGCUUCAACACUCUGACUGUGGAUACUGAUGAAAUUCAAGUAAACUACCCAGGGUUGUUUGAGAUAAUGGAAGACUUGCAAGGUAUGGGGGAGAGUAAUUGCUCUUGGAACAGAAAACCUCUGCUUCACAGGGAUACGAUGCUGGCAGCUGCAGCAAUAUACCGAGAAAUGUAUGGAAAUAGCGAUGGCACGGUACCUGCAACAUUUCAGAUCUUCCACAUGAUUGGCUGGAAAUUUCAUGAAUCACAGGCAAAACCUGCCCAGAGAGGUUCUGCAACAGUUUCACUUGGAGAUCUGGCAAAAAUAGAUGGACUUCUUACGAGAGAAAAAAAAUAGUUCUUCAUGAGAAAUAAAGUUGUUUUGAUGUUCC